GGGUCCGGGAGGACGCGGGAGGAUGAGGAGGAGGCCGGCGGUCCGGCCGCGCGGCGCCGGGAGGAGGCGCAGGCGGCGGGGGCGGCGGCGGGCAGCGGCGGGCGCGCGGGGUGCGGGCCGGCUUGGGCGCGGAGGAUGAAGUGGAGCGUCCGCGGGGCCUGCGCCGCGCUCUCCUCCUGCCUGCUGCUCGCCUGCGCGCUCAGCGCCGCCGCCGUCGGCCUCAAGUGCUUCUCGCUGGGCUCGGAGCUGCGCGGGGAGCCGUUCCGGCUGGGGGCGGCCGCCGGCGCCUUCUACUCGGGGCUGCUCCUGGCCGCCGGCCUCUCGCUGCUCGGCGCCGCGCUGCUCUGCUGCGGGCCCCGAGACGCGCCCCUCGCGGGCCCGGGCUCGGGCCCGGCACUCGGAGUCCCCGAGGCCGCGGCGGGGGCCCCCGAGGCGGCGCCGGGCGAGCCGGGGGCCGCGGCCGGGCCCUCGGGGCCGGUGAACAGCCAGAACCUGCUGCUGCUCGGCGUCCUGGUCUUCAUGCUGGGGGUGCUCAGCGCCUUCGCGGGCGCCGUGAUCGACGGCGACACCGUGUCCCUGGUGGAACGCAAGUACUCCCACUACUGCCUGCCCCCGCGCGCGCCCGCGGCGGCCGCGGGCCCCGCGCCCGCCGGCCCCGGCCCGGCCCCGGCCCCGGGCGCCGCGCGCGCGCGCAGCACCCUGGACAGCGCCACGUCGGCCAAGUGCCGCCAGCUGAAGGACUACCAGCGCGGCCUGGUGCUCUCCACCGUCUUCAACUCGCUCGAGUGCCUGCUGGGCCUGCUCAGCCUCCUGCUGGUCAAGAACUACAAGUCGUCGCAGGCGCGGCGCGGCCGGCGCGGCCGCAGGAGGGGUGGCCGGGCCCUGACGCGGCCCCGCGGCGGCCCCGGGCUCCGCGCGCAGCCGCUCGCCGCCUCCAGGGCGCGGCGGGGCCGGCGGGGCCGGCGGGGCCGGCGGCUGCAGCAGCGGCCGAGCGAGGCUUCCAUCCUGUGCCCCGAGGAGUCCGACCUGAGCGCCCCGGGGGACUGCGCGGGCUUCGCGGCGCACCACGCCGUGUCCUACAUCAACGUGGGCGUCCUCCGCGCGCUCGACGAGGCGGGCGUGGAGGUGUGCUGCGGCGGGCACCCGUCGGUGGAGCUGCCGGGCUACGCGCCCUCCAACCCGGACCUCGACGCCUCCUACCCCUACUGCUGCCGGCCGCCCUGCGACGCGGCGCGCCCCUGGGAGUCGAGCCGGGCCUGCUGAGCCCGCGCCCCCGCGCCCCUGCGCCGCGGCUCGGGGGGGGGGGGCGCAGAGCAGGCCUGGCCCGCGCCACAGCCGACACUCGCCCUCCAGCGGCGCGGGCCCUGCGUCUGCGAGGCGACUCUCCUCUGUGUCUGUUCGUGUCCGGAUUCCAUCUUGAAGUUUACAAUCAAUGGUCCGGGGUGGCUCGCCCCGCCGCACCUCUCCUCGGCAAGCCCGCUUCCUGGGCUGGGGGUCCCGGGGGAGCCCUGCUUGCCCCGCGAGAGGACAGACAAAGCGACUGCAACUUUAGGAGCGAAAGACGUGGAAAAGCACCAACAGCGACACUUUGUACACGGAUGUGCCUGCUUUUGUCGAUACUUUCUUACUGUAAAGCUCUCCAUAAACAGUGAAAAUGUUUGGUAAAUUUAUUGCGAUUUGAAAUUGGUGAGUUCCUUUAUUAAAUUAAUUGCUAUGUUACUGGAAAUAUACAUCACGUUGCAGGUACAGGAUGUCUACACACAAAUCAGUUUCGGGGCGUGAUGGGUGAGUUUCGUCAAAUGUUGAAUUUGAACAGUUGUAUCCUGGUGGCUGGUUGACUAAAUCCAGGCUCUUUCAGAAGUUCUUUCUGUGUGUGUAGACUAAUGCCGGGUCCCAUAGCCCUCCCCUCUUUCUUUUCUUUUUUCUUUACUCGCUCCGAGGUUUCUAUCAGCUUAAUUUUUGUUAAUACAUACAUAUAAACAAUCCAAUCCUAUUUUGGAAAACCAGUUUUUUUUGUGGCAAAGAUUAUUUUCCUGUUAAAUCAUUAAUUUGGUAAAUUCUGACUACUAUAGCAUCUCAUCGAAAAUAUACUCCUUAAAUAGCCUUA